ACUCCUCUCCUCUCCCAUGGCCCCCAAGGCGGAGAAGAAGCCGGCAGCGAAGAAGCCCGUGGAGGAGGAGCCCUCGGCGGAGAAGGCCCCGGCGGGGAAGAAGCCCAAGGCGGAGAAGCGUCUGCCGGCGGGCAAGACCGCCUCCAAGGACGGAGGCGUCGACAAGAAGUCCAAGAAGAAGGCCAAGAAGUCCGUGGAGACCUACAAGAUCUACAUCUUCAAGGUCCUGAAGCAGGUGCACCCGGACAUCGGCAUCUCCUCCAAGGCCAUGUCCAUCAUGAACUCCUUCAUCAACGACAUAUUCGAGAAGCUGGCCGGGGAGUCCGCCAAGCUCGCGCGCUACAACAAGAAGCCCACCAUCACCUCCCGGGAGAUCCAGACCUCCGUCCGCCUCGUCCUCCCCGGGGAGCUCGCCAAGCACGCCGUGUCUGAGGGCACCAAGGCCGUCACCAAGUUCACUUCUUCUUAGAUUGCUUUGUGUAUGUUGGCUGGUAGUUUAGGUUGCUUUUCUCUCUGUUGGGAUCCUGUAAGAUGAUCUGCUGCUAUCUCGAAUAGAAAUGGUACCGCGUUUCCACCUACACAGGUCAUGCUGUUCACAACAAUUUUCUAGACUGAAUGUGUUUAAUGGGGAACAUUGAGAAUUUGAC